AGGGCUAUUGUGAAGAGUUACGCGCUAUUCCUAGUUGGUGUCCGGAUUGCACAUGAAUUGCAAGGAUUUGAAAUAAUGGCACCGUCGCAGAAAUUGUAGGAAAACUUCGUCAGAUUCCGCGUGUGUUUUAUUGGAUUGUUAGAGUGUAGGUAACAAAUUAUGUUGGAAAAUCAAUAAAGAAGAGGAUUUGGAAGAGACACAGUCAUAAGUAAAUUUGUGUGCCGGGUGAAGACGUAAUUUCUCUUAUUUAACCUUCGAUUUGCGAUUUCUCUCGUGCGAUAAAUUAAUGGAGAAGGUGACACUUUUGCAAUUUUGUUUAAUUUUCACGGCUUUGGGAGUUUGGGGGACAUUGUCAGUUGAUGCCACCAAGCUCCCAAAUAUCAUUCUCAUUCUAACUGAUGAUCAGGAUGUGGUUCUCAAUGGAAUGCUACCAAUGACCAAUGUUCAGGAACUUUUGGCCAAAGAAGGAGCCACUUUCAUCAAUGCUUUCACUUCUUCCCCAAUUUGCUGUCCAUCGAGGGCAUCUCUCCUCUCUGGGAGAUAUGCUCAUAAUCAUGCGACGAUCAAUAACUCCGUAUCAGGUGGUUGCUAUGGCUCCUUCUGGAAGGAAGUGAUUGAGAAAACUACCCUCCCCGUGAUGCUAGAAAAACGAGGCUAUGAAACCUUCUUCGCGGGAAAAUACUUGAAUGACUACAAGUCCACCGAAGUACCUCCAGGAUGGACUCAUUGGUACGGUCUUCAUGGAAAUUCCGUCUAUUACAAUUAUACCCUGACGGAGAAUGGAAAAGCCGUUGAGUACACCGAUGAGUAUCUCACGGAUGUUCUUGCACAGAAAUCUGUCCAGUUUCUUAAAGAACAACGAUCCCAAGAGAAACCAUUCUUCCUCAUGGUAUCAACACCGGCUCCUCAUGCACCAUCAACUUGUGCUCCUCGCCAUGAACGGCAAUUUCCUAAUGUUCGCGCCAAAAGGACUCCCAAUUUUAAUCAUCCUUCUGGGAGUUUAGACAAACACUGGCUCCUCACAAUGCCUCCAGCUGAAUUGCCUGAAGAGAUUCUUCCAGAAUUGGAUGAAAUUACCAGAAAACGAUGGCAAUCUCUUCUGGCUGUGGAUGAACUGGUCAAGGGAAUUGUUCAGAAUUUAGAUGAUGGUCAAGUUCUUGAGAAUACCUUCAUUGUCUUUACCUCGGACAAUGGUUAUCAUGUGGGACAAUUUGCUCAAGCUUAUGACAAGAGGCAGCCCUAUGAAACAGAUAUCCGGAUUCCCAUGAUUGUUCGUGGUCCAGGAGUUGAUAGGAAAUCCAUUGUCCAACAACCAACUCUUCUUAUUGACCUCAUGCCAACAAUGCUGGAAUGGGCCCAACUCUCAAUUCCCACCAAUCUCGAUGGUAGAUCUUUCCGGAUGGAUUUGGAAGAACCAAGAUCCAGCUUCAAUAGGCAGUUCCUCGUUGAAUAUUGGGGUGAGGCAAAUGCAAAUUCCCAUUCUGCCUCUUGCCAGUCUGCUGAUAGCUCUUCUCUCUAUCUCUGCACAGAAGAUGCUGCCUGCCAUUGUCAGGAUGCCAGGAAUAACACCUACAGCUGCAUCCGACAAAUGGAUGCCGAUAAAGAUUUCCUUUAUUGCGAAUUUCGGGAUAGAGAAAAUUUUGCCGAAGCUUAUGAUCUGACCACCGAUCCAUAUCAAAUGGAAAAUCUAGCCUUUGAGAUGCUACCCUCUGAACGUGCCAUCUACUCCCUGAUCCUGAAGAAUCUCACAAAGUGCAUUGGCUCAACCUGUCGCCAAAUAAAUGGAAUAAUGUAAACCUCUCAUGAUAAAUCUCUUUCUUUUUUUACAGUUUCGAGGCUCGUAAUUAUGUAGUUCCAGAGAAUUAAAUAAAAAUAAAUGUUUUUUUGAUUUA